ACUGAUCAUCAGUGCCCUGAUGAUCAGUGUAGCCCCAUCAAUGCCACAUAUCAGUGCCCAUCUGAGCUGUCUUUCAGUGCCAACUAUCGGUGCCAGUUAGUGCUGCCUAUCAGUGCCACCUAUCAGUGCCAUCAGUGCUGUCUAUCAGUGCCACCUAUCAGUGCCAGUCAGUGCCACCUAUCAGUGCCAUAUAUGAGUGUUGCCUUUCAGUGCCCAUCAGUCAUGCUUGUUAAUGCCCAUCAGUGCCACCUACCAGUGCCUCCUCAUCAGUGCCCAUCAGCACCGCCUAUCAGUACCCAUCAGUGAAGCCUAUCAUUGCCCUUCACUGCAACCUCAUUAGCGCACAUCAGUAA